GUUUCAGUGUGAAUUUUUUCCUUUCUGGUUUUCCUAACCCCCCAUGAAGUGGUUCAUUCCAAUUAGGGCGGGGCCAGGAGGGGAUAUAUAAAGCCAUGCAGCCAAGGACUGCGGGGGAGUUGCUGCUGGGGACAGCUUGCAGAGAGGUGGUAUUUCAGCUGAAUGGCGCGCUGCUACUGUCGCUGGCGUAGAGUGCUGAUCUGUGUGUGCACACCAUGCAUCUCCCUGGCCCUGCUGUUCGUCUACUCCUUCAUCAUGUUGUGUAUGGACAUGAAUAGGGAAUCGACCCCAGCGGGCCCGCCACCUAAUCACUUCGUGGCCAUGGGGACUUUGCGUAACACAGGCUUCGCCCCACUCCCUAAAAGUUUCUGGGAGCUGCAUGGGGACGCCAUUUGGAACCGUCUUCAGCUCAAUGUCGACCGCCAUUUCAACCCCAUUCUGCGCCCCGACAACGCCGCGACGGGGUUAGAAAAUGGUAGCUUUUAUGAGUCCCUACUGAAGCAAAGUUUCUCCAAAGUUACCAACGUGGACAGCAUGAAGGAAACCUUUGAGCAGCUGCCGCAGCAGAUACAGAAGUUUGUGACCCACAUGCAAAGGAGAGACUACCCAACCCUCAUCCAGCCAGAGGGAGGAUGUGGAGCUGGGGCAAAGAAUGAGACGGAGUCCCCUCUCCUUCUCCUGGCCAUCAAGUCAACAGAGCUGAAUUUUAAGAACCGGCAUGCCAUUCGACAGACCUGGGGCCGGGCGGGAUGGGUGGCAGGUGGAGGAUACGUCCGCAGGGUGUUCCUGCUCGCCAAAGCAAACACUGAAAUGCUGCCCAUGGGUAUGUCUGACUUCCUGCAGAUGGAGAGUGAACAUUACGGAGACAUCCUGCAGUGGGACUUCAGCGACACAUUUUUCAACCUCACCUUGAAAGAUGUGCUGUUCUGGAGCUGGUUCUCGCGCUCGUGCAACCGGACUCUCUUCGUCUUAAAGGGGGACGACGACGUCUUCGUCAACACCCCGAAAUUGAUAACCUACCUUCGGGACCAGCUGGAGAAACCACAAGCACACGAGACCAUAAAAGACUUCAUGGUUGGAGAUGUCAUAGUUUCAGCCAAACCCAGCCGAGCCAAAGAGUCCAAGUACUUUAUCCCUGAAAGCUUCUACAAGGGCCAUUAUCCUGUGUACGCAGGCGGCGGAGGGGUGGUGUACUCAGGCCUGUUGAUCAAACGCCUACACCACGUGUCUAAAAGGGUCAACCUGUUCCCCAUCGACGACGUUUAUGUGGGAAUGUGCAUGGUUCGGCUCAACGCUAAUCUAGUCCACCACCCCGCCUUCCUCACGUUUGACUUUCCCAAAAAGAAAAAGGAGGAGCUGUGUUCGUAUCACAAAAUCCUAUUGGUCCACAAACGAAGCCCCGAGCAGGUGGUUAAACUGUGGGCCGACGUGGAAAAGACUCAGGCAGAGUGUCGUGAUGUGCUCCCGAGACAGAAAGGCAAGGAGAAACUGUAAGGCCAUCCAAAGUUUCUUUGUUAAGCGGUUUUGUCGCUACAGUCUGUGGUGAGCUGCUGUCAGUCAUGAAGACGUGACACUGUAUUUAUACACUGUAUUUAUUUACUCAAGGCAUCCAUGUUCCAGGGUUAUAUUUGAUUAUACC